GGAUUGCAAAUUGUGUACGCAACUUCCUUAGUAGCGGCGGUCUUCAAUUUUCUUGUUUCCUCUUCUUAGUCUUAUCAUCACGCUCGCUUUGCUAUUUUACACCAUUCUCCAACAGAAACCCAACCAUGCAGAAAAUGAAGCAGGCUUCCAUGGACAACCAAAAAGCGUCUGUAGGGAAAGGACGCCGAGUGAUACUGUUUCCUAUGCCUUUGCAAGGCCACAUAACUCCCAUGCUUCAGCUUGCAAACAUUCUGUAUAACAAAGGCCUUUCAAUCACCAUAAUUUACACCCAUCUCAACUCUCCAAAUACUUCUAGCUACCCUCAUUUCACUUUCUGCUCAAUCUCAGAUGGCUUUUCGAAAGAUGAAGCCUCCACCACGAAUUACGUUGCUUUUAUGACACUUCUCAAUGUUAAGUGUGUGGUGCCAUUUCAGGAGUGUUUGGAAAAGUUGCUGUCAAAUGUUGAGGAGCAGCCGAUUGCCUGCUUAAUUUCAGAUGCGAUGUUGUAUUUCACUCAAGCUGUUGCUGAUAGCCUCAAGCUUCCGAGGAUCGUGUUAAGAACAAGUAAUAUUGCUUCCUUUCUUGUUUUUACAGCCAUUCCAGGACUUCUACGGGAGAAGGGUUAUUACCCCAUUCAAGAUCCUCAAUCGGAAGCACCAGUGAUAGAGUUUCCACCACUAAGAGUCAAAGACCUUCCUGAGACUAAAACAACUGAUGAUGCCACACGUGAUCAGUUGCUUUCACUCUUGGCUAGUCAGACCAAGGCCUCAUCUGGGAUGAUAUGGAACUCAUGUCGGAAGCUUGAACAAGAUGCAAUCACAGCAUUAGAACAAGAAUUUCCCAUCCCAAUAUUCACAAUAGGCCCAUUUCACAAGUACUUUCCUGCUUAUUCAAGCAGUUUACUUUCCCAAGAUCACAGCUGCAUUUCCUGGUUAGACAAACAAGCACCAAAAUCCGUAAUCUAUGUAAGCUUUGGAAGCAUUGUUGCUAUUAAUGAAACUGAAUUUUUGGAGAUAGCUUGGGGACUAGCCAACAGUGGGGUGCCUUUCUUGUGGGUUGUUCGACCAAGAUCUGUCCAGGGAGCAGAAUGGGUUGAAGCAUUGCCAAAAGGGUACCUGGAAAUGGUAGAUGGAAGAUGUCAUAUAGUGAAAUGGGCUCCCCAGCAAGAAGUGCUGGCUCAUCCUGCUACAGGAGGUUUUUGGACCCACAAUGGUUGGAAUUCUACAUUGGAAAGUAUAUGUGAAGGCGUCCCCAUGAUUUGCCAUCCUAAUUUUGGUGACCAAUCGGUGAUUGCUAGAUAUGUUAGUUAUGUUUGGAGGGUUGGGUUGCAUUUGGAGAAGAAGCUGGAGAGGCGGGUGAUAGAAAGAGCAAUUAGACGGUUAAUCCUAGAAGCUGAGGGCCUGGAAUUGAGAAGCAGAAUUAUUGGUUUAAAGGAGCAAGUGGAUGUUUCUCUGAAAGGAGGUUCCGCUUACAAAUCUCUAGAGAGCUUGAUUAGUUACAUACAAUCGUUCUAGUUUUUCCAUCCUCUUGUUUGGUUGAUUCGCUAUUAAAUAAAUUAUUUAAUAAAAUUAUAAGUGUAAUAUACACAAUUUUAUUUA